UCAGACGAACAGAGACAAACAGAUUUGGGGGAAGUAUUGUGUUUUCGUCUUGAGAGUUUCUCCUUGUUAAAUAUGUCAGGCCGGAAUCCUUUCUCCCCCACACACGGCUUCACCACCAGCGGCUCCAGCUCACAUCAGAGAAAAGCAUAUGAUAGACCGACUCACAUCGCCCAAACAGAGGAGCCCUGGAGUCGCCUCUAUGAUAGUGCCACUUGUGCCAGCUACCGACAGAGCGUUAUGCAUUAUGAGCCUAAGGCUCCAAAGGACAGUCUUGACUUCCAUCUAAGGUCAGUUUACGAUCACCACAAGGACUUCUUCUGGGGAAAGAACCGGAUGCUAUACCAGAAAGAGACCGUUUCUGAGGACCAGAGGAAGCAGGAAAACUCAAAGAAGGACAUGCUGGAGAAGGAACAAGGGGAAGAAAUCAGAGUGUGGGUCGAUCCACAAAGGCGCUCCAUUUACAGCAUUAAGUGAAGGCUUAUUCAAACAAGGGCUGCACCAGGGAGUGAUGGCAGCUUCUAUUUACCUUUAAGCGUCCUGCACUAUUAUCUCUUAUCUGCUUCCAACAUGAAAAAACGUAAAUAAAGUGAACUUGUUCUGUG